AUGCGUCAUGAAGCUGAGAUCAAGUCAAACACGUAUUGGCUAGGAUUGAUGGCCCACUUGCAAGCUACAUCUGUUCCAAGCAAGGAUAUCUCUUGCAUCAAAGAUCUGAUUUCACUAUACGAAGCUGCCACAGUUGAGGAUGUAUAUACAGCGUAUGAGCAGUUGCAGAUUGACGAAAAUUCAUUGUACUCUUGCAUUGGAAUUGCUGGGGUCCAAGUCGGGGAAUCUGUCGAAGCUUCCCUGGUAGAGGAGGAAUCGGUUGAGGGCCUCCACAAUGCUCGGUCCAGGUGCGGCUGGCUGCUAGCGCGAGAUCUGGUCGCGGCUGGCACCAGUUGCGCGGGCACUGGCGCCGCUGGUUGCCCACGGGCGCUCCCCUGCUCGUGGGUCCCAGCGUUGCCCUGGUGCUGCGGACACGCGCGCAAAGAUGGGUACCUAUUGGAGCAGCGCGACAAGGUCGGGCAUGCAAAAGAAGCGCGUGCAGACUCGGCAAGAUGGGUUGCUGGCUGUUGGACUGCAUCGAGCGAUCUGGAAGCUGCUGGAGGGCGUCCGCGCGAAUCAUCGCGGCACGCCGUGCGUUGCACGCCUGCCCGCGAGCGCGCGCGCCAGAGCCUAGUAGCGACCGCUGCUGCUGCGGCACAUGCGACAGAAGUUCAUAUUCCUUUUGCUACUGUGGGACCUGAAGAGCCGCAUGCAGCAAGUACAGCCUGGCCGGAUAGUGUUACGGAUAAACAGAAUUUAGAUUCUUUAGGCUCAGAAACAGAGAGGUUAGAGUUGGAGAAAUUUUUGAGCCUUGAGCUUCCUCCCCACCCGAAAUUGCGCAGAGGACAGCUGAAAAACGGGCUCCGCUAUCUCAUCUUGCCAAACAAAGUCCCUCCUAAUAGGUUUGAAGCUCAUAUGGAAGUUCAUGUGGGAUCUAUCGAUGAGGAAGAUGAUGAGCAAGGAGUUGCUCAUAUGAUUGAACAUGUUGCCUUCCUUGGAAAGAGGCGGGCAAUUUUGUCAGAACUACAAAUGAUGAAUACGAUAGAGUACCGUGUUGAUUGCCAGUUGUUGCAGCACUUGCACUCUGAGAACAAGUUGAGUAAAAGGUUUCCGAUAGGAUUAGAGGAGCAGAUUAAGAAAUGGGAUGCUGAUAAAAUCAGGAAAUUCCAUGAGCGCUGGUACUUCCAGGAAAUGCUACACUAUACAUUGUUGGGGAUAUUGAUGACAUUGCUGAUACGGUUAACCACAUCGAAGCAGUUUUUGGGCAGACUGGCACACAAACUGAGGCAUCUGUUGCACCUACAACUAGUGCUUUUGGUGCAAUGGCCAGUUUUCUCGUUCCUAAGUUAUGCAAAGCCUCCUCAGAUAUUUCAGCAUGAGUUGCUUCAGCAUUUCUCGAUUAAUAUGUUCUGCAAGAUACCUGUUAACAAGGUCCGUACUUACAGAGAUUUGCGGAUGGUGCUGAUGAAGAGGAUAUUUCUUUCUGCUUUGCAUUUCCGCAUUAAUACAAGAUAUCAGAGUUCAAAUCCCCCAUUUACCUCAGUGGAACUGGACCACAGUGAUUCAGCAAGAGAGGGGUGUACUGUUACCUCUCUUACAGUGACUGCAGAACCUCAAAACUGGGAAAAUGCAAUUAAAGUUGCUGUGCAGGAGGUGAAAUUUGUUAUCUUGAAACAGUUUUGUAUGUUUUACUUAGUUCUUUGA